CUAAACACAAUAUUAGAAUUAGGAUUAUCAACCAAGAGUAGACACAAUCUCACUCUCCAAUUCCAACCCCCCAACCGAGAAGCCACCCCCAUACCCAUUCUCAAGUCAAAGCUAUUCAAUGUAAUUGAUUUAAGCUUGAGAAGUAAAUGGGCUGGCUUUUGUUCUAAACCAUUUCAACCUAAUUUCCUAUCUAAUCGUUCCCAGAGUUAUGUUUCGGUUCAGUCUACACCGAUCGUUGAAACCUCAUCCCCAAAUUCGCUUACCCAUUUUCGAUUCUGUGCAUGCAUCUUCUUCACCAUUGUUCGGUGUGCUCAAAGGGGUUCUGAAAUUCCCUGUGCGUUCGAGUUUUUCGGGUCAAGAAGGUGAUGGUGGAGACUGUCAGAGGAGAUAUCAAGUUGUGGUUGCUGCCACUACUAAUAUGGGCAUUGGAAAGAACGGGAAGCUGCCAUGGAAGUUGCCUUCGGACCUCAAAUUUUUCAAGGAGCUUACCACAACAACACUAGACCCAACUAAGGAGAAUGCCGUAAUAAUGGGUAGGAAAACUUGGGAAAGUAUUCCCCUUCAGUUCCGCCCUCUUCCUGCUCGACUUAAUGUCAUUUUGACUCGUUCUGGAAGUGUUGAUGAUGAUGAUGAUGAUGAUGAUUCCAUUUCAGAAAAAGUUGUCGUGUUUGAAAGCAUUUCAUCAGCUUUGAAAAUGUUAGCUCAGUCUCCUUAUUCUCAGUCCAUUGAGAGAGUUUUUAUCAUUGGGGGUGGCCAAGUAUUGAGUGAAGCUCUGAAUUCUCCUGAAUGUGAUGCCAUCCAUAUUACUAAAAUUGAGACAAGUAUUGAUUGUGAUACUUUCAUUCCUUCCAUUGAUUUGUCAUUGUUUAAACUGUGGUACUCUUCCCAACCUUUGGUGGAGAACAAUAUUCAGUUUAGCUUUGCUACUUAUGUUCGUGUGAGAAGUUCUAGGAUUAGUCAGAAACUCCAAGCAGAGAGUUUUAGAUUUCUGCCAAAGAUGAUAUUUGAGAGACUUGAUGAGCAUUUAGUUCAAGAAAUCACCUCAAGUGAUUCCCAGAAAGAUGACUAGACAGACACCUAAUUUAACUUCAUGAAGACUUGAUUGUCAGGUAAUUUAGAAACUUUAACUUUGGUUCAAUGGCAUUUUGGGUGAUCAUAAGGAUUUUUAAGUUUGUUUUGUAAUAUAGCUCUUUUGAUCUUCUUGUACAGAUGCAAUUCAAACUUGGCAAGUGCGUUUCUAUCCAAGAACUAUAAUCAGUGGUUGCUCAAAUGCAUAGCUUAGGCUAAGUUUUAUAGUUUGCUGAUCAUUCAUUUGAUCACAUCAGGAUGCAUAUGCUGAUUUUACAGGCCAAAUAUUUGUUCAGUUGGCAAAGAUAAAUUGAUCAAAUCAAGAACACCCCAGAUAAUGAUGAGGGAAUCAGCCUAUCAGUACCAUCAGAUCACUUGUUCAAGUUAUAUAAUACUACCCACAUUUCUCUUACUGUUCCUUUGAACAUUACAUCAUAUUCUUAACUGACAUGAACGAUUGCUCAUGUUUGUGGUAUGCAAGUUCUUCUUCAAUUGUUUUAUAAGUGGUAUUUAGGAAAUUAUUAGACCUAAAUCACCCUAACAAAACCGGCUUGUUAGGGGAUUGUCCUCACCUUAUUAAAUGGAUCGAGUAUAUAUUUUCGGUCGUGAGACUCUAAUGUUACAUGAAUAGAACUCAUAUCGGACCUCGACCGGAGCAGCUUUUGCUGUGAGUGAUAGAGAAUCCAAGAACAUAAAGCAGGAUUCUUUGUUGUUUA